AUGGACCCUCCCAGGGGUGGCAGCGGCCCCAUGGACCCUCCCAGAGGUCCUACAGGUCUGGCGAUCGCAGGGGCCCUCCCAGGAACUGGAGCGCCACCAGGGACUCUCCCAGAGCGGCGGCGCCCACAGGGACCUUCCCAAGGGCGAUGGCCCCCCGUUACCCUCCCAGGGGAGGCGCGCUCUCAGGGUCCAUCACAGGGACGGAGGCACCCCAGGGACCCUCCCAGGGGCGGCGGUGCUCCCAGGGACUUUCGCAGAGACCCUCCCAAGGGCAGCAACGCCCCCAGGGACCUUCCAAGGGACGGUGGCGCGCCCAGGGACCAUAUCAAGAGCGGCGGCGCCCCCAGUGGCUCUCUCAGGGACGGCCACGCCCCAAAGAGCCCCCCAGGGGUGGUGGCAACCCCAGAGGCCCUCCCAGUGGUGGUGGCGUUCCCAAGGUCCCACUCAGGGGCGGCAGUGCGCCCAGGGGCUCUCCCAGGGGUUGUGGCGCCACCAUGGGCCCACUCAAAGGCGGCGGCGCCCCCAGGGACCUUCCCAGAGGCGGUUGUGCCCCCAAGGACACUCCCAGGGACAGCUGCGCUCCAAGGGACCUUUGUAGCGACGGUAACCCCCUCAGGGAACCUCACUUCAAAAUGCCCAUGA